AUGGGAGGAUAUGAGCUGUCUAUGAGAGGCUAUCACCUCUGUGCUGUGAACCGGACCACAGUCGCGAGUUCGGUGUUGUCGUACCAGACGUCGUACACUCAGAGGAGGUCCUGUGGCGGCUGGCUGCCCUGGAGGACCUGUGAGGUGACCCUUUACAGAGUGGCGUACCGCUCGCAUCCCAUCAGCCUGCACCGGGAGGUCAUGCAAUGCUGCCCUGGAUAUGAACAAGUGGGCAGUUACUGUGCCUUGCCUCUGAACUGCAGUGCGGUGUUCACUGCCAAACCAGGGUCCUGUCCGAAGGCUUGGCCCAAUGGGUCCCACUGUGGAUCUCAACCACAGUGUGGCUUGGACACAGACUGCGCUGGGUGGCAGAAGUGCUGCCCUGCUACAGGUGGACACUACUGUGCUGACCCACAGCCUCCAGAUGAACAAGGAUGGUGCUUCAAUGCAACUGUGACGGUAAAGCUGGACUAUCAGCAGAUGAUGGCCACUGAGACGGGCCUGUUAAACCACACGCGGCUGUUGCACUCUGUGGUGACUGGGGCCUUGAACUGCUCUGACAUGUCUGUGCGCCAUGUUGUCUCGUGGUCUGCUGGUCCCCACGUCACCUCCUCCUCGCUACUCAUCGGUUCCUCUUCGGCUCUCGUCCUGGCUGACGUCUCCAGCAGGCUUCAGUCUCUGCUCAGACACAUAGAGGAGGUGGUGGCUGUGGCAGUGCAAGAUAUGGAUGAUUGUGCCCAUAGGGAGCUGAGUAAGUGUCUUCCCAACACAGUCUGCAUCAACACGGUGGGCUCGUACACGUGCAGCUCUGCCAACCACAGCAGAAGCACAACCACUGAGCCACCUUCUCCCGGAGCCACGACAGCGGCCGCCGUCAUCACUUCAGCCCUGACCAAAGCUACGGUCACAAAUACAGAAGGGUCUCCUCAUCGGGUCAUCACUUUCUCGUGGUCCAUCGCUGUGGCGUGCAACCCAGGCUACAUGUCUGUAAGCGUGGCACGGGACUUCCUGAGGGACGAGCGCAUGUCGGACGACUCGCUGUACCUGGGCCUGCCGGAGUGUGGGGUCAACGAUGGCAACGCCAGCCAUGUCCUGCUGGUGGCAGCGUGGGAUGAAUGUGACACAGUACUGAUGAGUAACAGCACUCACACCACGACAGAGGUGAAGCUCUACAACAACAUGAGCAGCCACAGCUGGCCCGACGGCUCUGUGAGCAUGCCCAGUGCGCGGCUCAAGGUGCCCAUCCUGUGCAGCUACAUCAACAGCAUCAUCUCCACCACGGUGCUUCCACCCUUGGUGUCCAGGGGCCAAGAUGAAUUCACCAGCUCUGGGAGCCUUGGUGACCCCUGGUCAGGGUCUUCCUCGUCUCCUCCCCCAGAGACACCCCCUGCUCCCAGUGUUACCUCUGAGCCACUCCACAACUUCACAUGCAAUGUCGUGCCCGAGAUCGUCAGCAUCAACGCCUUCAACAUCACAAGCUCCUCAUUUAGUGUCUCCUGGACGACAGCAUCUUCUCCAGGUCCAGUCACCUUCCAAGUGAUGCUUCUCCAGGGUUCAGAUGAGCUGAGGAGCUGGCAGACGGCAGAGACAGAAAUGGAGCAAAGGCAGCUGCCAGCAGGAGUCCUCUACAGAGUCUGUGUCGUGCCUCAUGCCUGUGGAGUCCAAGGAGCCAUGGAUGAGAUCCUAGUUAAAACAGAUGCGCAGGUCCUUCAGGCUGUAGCCCGUCUGACUAACAUGAAUUUCACCGAGUCUCUCCUGGAUUCAGAGAGCCCUGAAUAUAAGAAUCUCUCUCAGAGCAUUCAAGAUGAGAUCCGGCUAUCUCUCCCUCCAGACAUCCAGGCCCUGGUAGACUCUGGGGAGGUUCGAAUCGUCAUCACUGGCUUCUCACAGGGCAGUGUGGUGGUGGACUUCACUCUUGUGUUUGAGCCCAAAGAGGACCAGGACAUCAUGGGGCUGUCACGCUCCAUCAUGGCCUCUCUGCAGAACAGCUCCAAAUAUGCUGUAGAUAGUAACACCACCUCCGUACAAGAUUUGAAUGAGUGUAUCAGCCGAGAUGUUGACUGUUCCUCUGAGGCAGAGUGUGUCAACACCAUGGGGGGGUAUGACUGUGUCUGCAAUGACGGGUUUGAGGAUAUGAACCCCAGCUGGCCAGGACGAUCCUGCAUAGCUCUGAGUGCAAGCUCAUCUGUGACGAUCCUCCCUCCACCCAUCACCACCACACAGAGCGUGUAUACAACAACACUAAGCACUGAUGACUCAGACUCUGAGACUACACCCUCGGUGAUCUCCACUACACACCAAACACACCCGACCACCACCAUCAGCGCUACGCCCACCACUGAAGGACCUAUUACUCCACCAGAGCCUGUGACCAGUACACCCAGUGACAAGCAGAUGACCCCUGGCUCAUUUCAUAUCACUUCUUUAGUAGACACAACAGCCAGCACUCUGACAAGAAAACCAACCAGUCAUAGUGGCACUUCUUUAGGGAUAGCUACUGCUCCCUAUAUAUCAACCACAGCAACAACAGCAGCAACAACAAAAGCAACAGUCAACACCACCACCACCACCACCACCACAAGUGCAGUGACUUAUUCAGAGUUGAUGACUAACACUUUAAAUCCGAUAAACUCCAAUAGAGUUGGAAAUCCAGCUAUUCUCAUAGCCAAUUUGACCACAACACAGACAAAUGCCAACACAGCACUGACAAACACCCUCUCAACCACAACCACAACCUCUGCACACCCAGUCUCAACCACAACUAAUGCUAAGUUCACAAUUGAGGCUAAGCUCACAACUGACGCUAAAUUCACAACCAUACCAACGACAGCAAACUCACUUGUGACCACUACCACUUCAGACACAACUAAGGCAGUAACCACCUCUGUGCCAUCGACCUCCACCACUUUAACUACAACAAAGACUAUCCCAACCUCACCAGUGAUCACAACCUCAUCCACAACUAAUGCUAGGGUCACAAAUGCAGUAGCAACGACAACCACCUCAACCCCGAUCAAGGCUAUGGUCACAAAUACACAGAUGUCUCAGACCCCACAGACCUCUCAGCCCAUCCAGGUCAUCUCUCAAUCGGCAACCAUCACUGUGGUCUGCAACCCAGGCUACAUGUCAGUAAGCGUGGCACGGGACUUUCUAAGGGGCAAGCACAUGUCGGACGACUCGCUGUACCUGGGCCUGCGAGAGUGCGGAGUGAACGGAGGCAACGCCAGCCAUGUCCUGCUGGUGGCAGCAUGGGAUGAAUGUGACACAGUGCUCCAGAGCAACAGCACUCAUAACACGGCUGAGGUGACACUAUCUAACGACAUGAGCAGCCACACCUGGCCCGACGGCUCCGUGAGCAUGCCCAGUGCGCGGCUCCAGGUGCCCAUCCUGUGCAGCUACAUCAACAGCAUCGUGAUCUCCGCGGGAUACUCGCCACAGGAGUAUGACAUGAUCAAAGACGUGGUGCAGGGGUCAGGCUCCUUCCACGUGACGGUUCGCCUGCUGAACGGCACCGUCCCCCUGCCGGAGAACUACACCCUCUCCCCCGACGAGGAGGUGGUGGUGGAGGUGAGCGUCAACUCCACCAUCCGUCAGAUCAAGGUCGUCCUCAACCGGUGCUGGGCCACCCCCACCAACAACCCCUCCGGGCCAACGGAGUAUGUCUUCCUGAAGAAUGGUUGCCCUCUUCCUGAAGCCUACACCACUGUGCUGCAGAACGGCAACGACAGCAAAGCACUCCUGGCUGUCCAGAUCUUCUCCCUCGUGGACGUGGACGUGAACGUCAUUUAUCUGCACUGCCAGAUUCAGAUCUGUUUCAAGACCGGAGAGUCGUCGUGCAGGCCGGACUGCAUGGAAAGUGGAGCAAGUCUUGGAGUCUCUCGGCUGGCUAACCUAGUCGGAGCAGCAAAGGCAUCCUGUGGACCCUUUCACAGAUUAUAUCACAAGGGCACUGUUGCCCAGGGGAGGGACACCUUGUUGACGUUGGGCUUCAGCCUGCUGGGUGUGGGGCUGGGCCUGCUCCUCCUAGCUGGGGUGGUGGGACUCCUACUCUACAAGAGGCGCAUUGGUGCCUACAACUUCAACUCCAAGACCCAGCCUGAAAACUUCACCUACCACGUGUUUGACACCUAGAGCUAGAGGGGUUUCGUUAGU